AUGAGCUUAUGUAGCGCUUCCAGAUUAAGCCACUUGGACAAGACACCCAUCAAAUCCAUUAAGAGUGGACGCGGAGACUUAAUAGACUGUGUGGAUAUCAAUCAUCAACCGGCAUUUGAUCAUCCAUUGCUCAAAGAUCACGAGAUACAGGUCAACAUAGAAAGCGCAGAUGAAGCAAAGAAAUAUAACUCAUUAAUACAGUCAUGGCAAUUAGACGGGCAAUGCCCUGAUGGAACCAUUGCAAUGAGAAGAAUAACAAAGGAAGAACCGGCUCCUGCUAACUCAAUCAACAUCAAUUUCUUCAGCAGUUUUCGAGGUAAAUCAACUGCUGGUAUCGACAAGGGUUUUCCACAGGUAUGCAUAGAAAAAGAUGGGUACUAUGGAGGAAAGGCAAUCAUGAAUUUAUGGGAACCCCACGUUCGGCCAAAUGAAUUCAGUGCAUCCUAUAUGGCGCUUGCAGGAGAUUUUUCUGCUCCAGAACUAAACGUUAUUGCAGCCGGUUGGCAUGUGGUCCCGAAAAAGUACGGGGGUAAUAGAACAAGAUUUUUCGCCGGCUGGCGGGGAGCCAAUUCUACGGGAUGCUUGAACUUGGAAUGUGCAGGAUUUGUGCAAAUCAGCAACGAAAUUGCACUAGGAGCAACUUUUCCCGAACUCUCUAGCAUUGAUGGUUCUCAAUUUGAGUUUUCUGUGAUGAUCUCUAAGGGUGAACAAGGCUGGAUGUUACAAUUUAAUGACACCAUACUGGGUUAUUGGCCAUACUCAUUAUUUACAACCCUAGGUCCGAUUGCACCUGCAUCAACGGUUCAAUGGGGAGGAGCAGUAUUGAAUUCACAAAUUGACGGAAGACAAAGUACAACAACUGAAAUGGGCAGUGGCCAUUUUGCUGAAGAAGGGUUUGGGAGAGCAAGUUACAUGAGACAACUUCAAGUCAUGGAUGAGACCUCCAAAUUAAGGGGACUUGAAUCACCAACCAUCGCAGUUUCCCGACCAAGUUGCUACAAUAUGAAAUAUGGAAACAGCGUGCUUUGGGGUGAUGUCAUUUUCUUUGGGGGUCCCGGAAGAAAUCCUAAUUGUCCAUGACCGAAUUCAUGGAAAAAUGUUUAACACAUUAUCUUGUCACAUAUCUUCAGGGGUCAAAACAACCUUCUUUUUUUUUUUUUUUCUCCCUUCAAUAAUUU